AUGUUGUGGCUGGUCCAAGCUCGAGUUUUCGAGUCAUUGAUCCUCCUAGACGACGCCAUUCCGGCAUUUGGUUCCUCCUUCAAGCUUCUCAAAACCAUUCUUGGUUUUGUCUUUGGUGAACGUUUUAGGACAGUAGAGCCAUUCUUGCCUCAGAUACCCAAGAGCUACUUGAGAAUCAAGGACGGGAAGAUGACUGUUCGACUAUUGAUGAAAUAUUUGGUGAAUAAGUUGCGAUUGGAGCACGAAUCCCAGGAACAUGACAGUAACAUCGCAGCUAAAUUGCCACAAAAGUGUCUCCAUGUUAAUUAG